AUGACAAGCAAAUCCGCCUACGGCCAAGCGGCCGGCGACACCGACUUCCGCAAAAAGUACGACCUAGAUGAAUACGCCUCCAAAGCGGCCGCGCGCGAAGCCGCCGAAAAAGAAGAGCGCAAACUCCGCUACGAAGCCAAACUCGCCGGCAAAAAAUACUACAAGCCACUCGACGGCUCCGAAUCUCUCACCACCGCCCGUUCCGCCACCCACGAUUUCAGCAAACUCGUCGGCACCUCCACCCUAGUCCCGGCGGGAGCGGGGGUUGGGAAAAGGGGUCGCGGAGCAGGGUUUUAUUGUGACGCUUGUGAUCUGACGUUUAAAGAUAAUUUACAAUGGGUGGAGCAUACGAAUAGUAUGCAGCAUCAGAGGGCGAUCGGGGCGACGGGGGAGGUGAGGAGGGCUAGCGCGAGGGAGGUGAGGGAGAGGAUUGAGGCUUUGUGGGAGAGGGAGGAGGAGAGGAGGAAGGGGAUGGUGGUAGAUUUGAAGGCGAGGUUGGAGGUGAGGAGGGAGGAGGAGGAGAGGGAACGGGAGGAGAAGAGACGGAAGAGGAAGGAGGGGGAGGAGAGGAAAAGGAGGGAGAGGGAGGAAGCGGUAAAAGUGAAGAGGGAGUAUGGGGAAGAUGUGAGGAUUGAGGGGGAGCAUGAGGAGGAGGAUAUGUUGGCUGCUAUGGGGUUUACGGGGUUUGGGGGGAAGUAG